AUGGAACUACUGGGGAACCUCAAGUCCCUGGAAUUUGAUUAUGGCAUUCCUGAGGAAGACCGUGGCUUUCUGUGUUUGCGGAAUCACAGCCGGGGACUGACCAUCUGCGCUUGUGCCCAUGCAGUUUUCUUCUGCAAGCUGCUCUACAACCUGAGAGAGCUGCUAUACGAGAUGCACAUCUCCAGGACUCCUGUCCCCUCCAACAAGCUAGCUAACACUGUGCCAGAAGAUAGCAAGGGGCUAAAAGUGGGCAUCAUCGGAGGUGGCUGCCUAGGGAGGCAGCUGGCUCACGUGCUGCUUCAGCUGGUCCCCAUCUCUGCUGAGAGCCUGAGGAUCUCCACUCGCCGGCCUGAGGCCCUGGAUGAACUCCAGAAACUGGGUGUCCAGUGCUUUUACCAGAACUCAAACCUUGUGCACUGGGCCAACUUGAUAUUCCUGUGCUGCCUGCCGUCCCAGCUGCCUAAUAUCUGCGUGGAGAUCAGCAAUAGCCUUGAGAAAGCCUGCAUCAUCUACAGCUUUGUCGCAGCUGUUCCCAUCACCAGAUUGAAACUCCUACUGAACCACACCAAUGUCUUGCGGCCUCAGUAUCAGUGUUCGUCAGAUGUGACUGAUUUCUGGGGUUCUAAUAAGGACAUCCCAACUGCUCUCCAAGACCCCAUGAUCCUUCAAGCCACCUGCCCCUAUUGUCCUGCUGGGGGCAUAACCCUCAAUCUCAAGUGGCUGGAGGGGGUGAUGUACGCACUUAUCAACAGCUGCCGAGGGGAAAACAUCUUCUACCGCCAAGUGCUACUGCUGCUGAAGAAAGUGCUCCUGUCUGCGCACGGCAAGACUUGUGAGCAAGACCAGGAAACCUGCCCCACGUUUCAGCUUCACGAUUUUGUCAACAAGGUGUUUGCCGAGAACCUGUCUCAGAAGAGCUCUUUCCCUUGGUUUGAUCUGACUGCAGUACAGCUUAAGGAGACGCCCCUGACCCACGUUCUCUCCACCAGCAAUGUUCUCCGGGACCAUCUGACCUACACCUACUGCCACUUAUUUGGCAUCACCUUAAUCAGAGCACAACAGCCAGUGGAUUCCAAGGGUGCUUCAUCCUAG